CACUUCUUCUUCCUAAUAGAUCAGAGCUUCUUAAAAAUGGCAGCCGGAGCUUCCAAUUCCCCAUGCGCUUCAUGCAAGCUCCUACGACGUCGUUGCGCCAAGGAUUGCAUCUUUGCUCCUCAUUUCCCCUCCGAUGACCCUCACAAGUUCGCCAUCGUUCACAAGGUGUUCGGAGCUAGCAACGUUAGUAAAAUGUUACAGGAGAUUCCGGCGGAUCACAGGGCGGACGCGGUGAGCAGCCUGGUGUACGAGGCGAAUGCGCGGCUGAGGGAUCCGGUGUACGGCUGCGUGGGGGCCAUAACCUACCUGCAGAACCAGGUUUCGCAGCUGCAAAUGCAGCUGGCGGUGGCGCAGGCGGAGAUACUGUGCAUCCAGAUGCAGCAGCCGCCGCCGCCGCCGCAGGAUUCUUCAGCCACCGUGCCGCCGCCGCAGAUUCAACUGCGAGAUGCGGCGGCAGAUCUCGACGACGACGAUGAGCGGCGUCUGAAAUCUUUGUUUCUGCAUCAUCAGCAAAACAAUCAUCAUCAGUGCUUCAACAACUUCACCCCCUCCGAUAACACUGUAAUUCUCCAUGAAUCUUUCAAGAGAGCACCAUUCUUUGAACAUGAUGACAUGGUUUCUUCAUUAACCCAGCUAUGAUUAUAUAUCCAUCUAAGAUAUAUAUUAAUGGAACUUAAUUAGUGAUUAAUGCUUAAUUAUCCUUUUCAAUUUCUUCAA